AUGGAUUUAAUAAACUCAACUGAACAAAAUGGUACCUCAGAAGAACUGUUCAAAUGGGUGACAUCCAAGAUUCUCAUUUCCAUUACCCUGUCUGCGCUUGCACUAAUGACAACAGCCAUCAAUUCUCUUGUGAUGACUGCAAUAAUUGUGACAAGAAAGCUCCACCACCCCGCCAACUAUCUAAUCUGCUCUCUUGCAGUGACUGAUUUCCUUGUGGCAGUCCUAGUGAUGCCCUUCAGCAUUGUCUACAUCGUAAAGGAGACCUGGAUCAUGGGGCAAGUGGUGUGUGACAUUUGGCUGAGCGUGGACAUUAUGUGCUGCACAUGUUCCAUCUUGCAUCUCUCUGCCAUUGCUUUGGACCGGUACAGAGCAAUCACAGAUGCUGUGGAAUACGCGCGGAAAAGGACACCUAAACAUGCUGGCAUCAUGAUUGCAGUGGUAUGGAUCAUAUCCAUUUUUAUCUCCAUGCCACCUUUGUUUUGGCGGCACCAGACGACGAGCAGGGAUGAUGAAUGCAUCAUCAAACACGACCACAUUGUCUUCACCAUUUACUCUACAUUUGGAGCCUUCUAUAUCCCCCUGGCCUUGAUUCUGAUCCUUUAUUACAAGAUAUAUAAGGCAGCAAAGACCUUUCACAGAAGAAGCGUCAGUCGGAUUGUAAGGGAGGAGGUAAAUGGACAAGUCCUUUUGGACGCAGGUGAAAGAAGCACCAAAUCAACUUCAAUGCCCAGCACAGCGGAGAAGACAUCAGAUCCCCUGGUGAACUGCGAUAGAAUCAAUGUCAGCAUACGAAGCCCCAGGUCUGAAUCUAAACAUGAGAAAUCCUGGAAAAAACAGAGAAUCUCCAGCACAAGAGAGCGAAAGGCAGCAACUACACUGGGUCUGAUCUUGGGGGCAUUUGUGAUCUGCUGGCUCCCUUUUUUUGUAAAAGAAGUAGUUGUUAACACCUGUGAAAGAUGUCACAUCUCAGAAGACAUGUCUAACUUCCUAGCAUGGCUGGGAUAUAUAAAUUCCCUUAUUAACCCUCUAAUCUACACAAUCUUUAAUGAAGAUUUCAAGAAAGCCUUCCAGAAGCUUGUGAGGUGUAGGCAAUAUCUUUAA